AUGCCUCGCGAAAAUCAAAAGAGAGGCCGACGGGCCGAGCAAAAGGCUCAAAAGGAAGAGGCCAAGCGUGACAAUGACGAUGCACUCGAGGCACCCUCAGCCAAGCGCAUGAAGCCGUCUACCGACGCCGAUGCCGAUGCCGAUGUGAUCGCGACCUCCGACGCCUACAACGAGAACGCUGACUACAUUCCUUUCGAUACCGAAGAUCAACAAGAAGAUGCAGGUCGCGAGGAUUCCGGUGAUGUCUUCUUUGGUCUGCUCGACACUGAGGAGGCGGAAUAUUUCUCGCGGGCCAGUGAAAUGCUCGAAGCGAACCAAUUCGCCGACGCUGAAGAGAAGAACCUUUUCAUCGAAAGUGUAUACCAAGAGGCCAAUGGGAAGGAAUUGAAGAUUGCCUGCAGUCAAGGCUGCUCGAGGCUCAUGGAGAAAUUGAUCUCGAUGUCAGAUACUCGGCAAAUCCGACGGAUUUUCAGCAAAUUCAUUGGCCAUUUCAUGCAUCUUGUACAGCACCGAUUUGCUAGUCACUGCUGUGAAACCCUUUUCAUUCACGCCGCCCCCGCUGUCAUGGCGAAGACACCGAAUUCUCAAAAUAAGCGAUCCAGCGAGGAUGACGACAACAACGACCAAGAUACCGAGCCUGAACUUUCGCUCGCCGAUAUGUUCAUGGCCGUCAUUGAGGAAUUGAAGAGCAAUUGGGGGUAUCUACUGACAGAGCGAUUUGCGUCGCAUACUAUCCGUGUGCUUUUGCUUGUCCUUGCAGGCGAGCCCGUGGAUGUUGUGUCAAACGAUUCGGUUGUCGCGAGCCGCAAGAAGGAGAGACUGGGUCUUCCUGGGGCCGGCUCUCAGGAGGAGAAGACCUCUACCAAGAAGCAAAAAGUCCCAGAGUCAUUUGCGCCUGCAUUGAAGAAGAUCAUGAAUGAUAUGGUUGCUGGUCUGGACAACACCUACUUGAGAGCUUUGGCUAGCCACCCUGUUGGUAACCCCGUUCUGCAAGUUCUGCUAUCCUUGGAGCUCUCCCAUUUCGGCAAAUCCAGUGCCAAGGAUUCCAACUCUAUUCUGCGACGACUCGUCCCCGACGAAUCCUUUGAGGAGGGAACGGAAUCCGCAACUUUCAUUCGAGGUUUGCUGUACGACCCAGUCGGCUCCCGUUUGGUCGAAACAAUGGUGCGUCAUAUGCCAGGCAAAGUCUUCAAGAACCUUUACAAGAACAAUAUCUCCGAGCGCAUUGGAUCGCUUUCCCGAAACACCACUGCGGGCUACGUCGUUCUUCGGACACUGGAGCGACUUGGAAAGGAUGAUCUGCAAGACGCAAUGGAGCGCAUCAUUCCAGAGGUCCCGGGACUUAUUGAGAGAACGCGUCUCAUUGUACCACGGGUAUUGAUUGAGCGAUGUGUUAUUCGGAAUGUCGAUACCAAACCAUUUGCAAAGGCACUCGAGGAAGCCUACGAGAAGGAUCCCGCUAUCCGACUCCGACAGAUGCUCCGACUCGACGAGACAGUCGAGGAGAAUCCCGAAGAUCAGAUCAUGGAGGACGCAGAUGACGAAGAGCGAGGAACAAGGAAGAGGUCGGGUAAAAACUCUGUCGCUUCCGCAGAGAAGCUCCAUGGAUCUCUUCUGGCACAAGCUAUGUUGACAGUACCCGGUCCACUUGGGGAUCUUGUAUACUCUAGUCUUCUUGCGCAAUCCUCCGAUUCCGUUCUCAAGCUUUCCAAAGAACCUACUUCCUCCCGUGUUCUCCAACAAGCCUUGACACUCCCAACAUCCACGCAGCAGUUCCGUCGACAGUUUAGCACUCGCUUCCAGGGCCACAUGGUAGAGCUUGCUCUUCACAGCAGUGGGUCUCAUGUGGUGGACGUACUCUGGUCAGCCACGAAGGAUAUCUUCUUCAUCAAGGAGCGACUGGCCCAGGAGUUGGCACAAGGUGAAACGGCUCUGCGCGACUCCUUCCUGGGUCGAGCUGUGUGGCGUAACUGGUCGAUGGAUCUCCACAAUCGCCGACGAGGUGAAUGGAAAGCCCGAGCCAAGGGUAUUGAGCAACAACCCGAGGGUGAAAACAUCAACGGAUUCCGACCGAAAUCGAAGAUCGAGCUUGCGGCCGAGCGAUUUGCAGCCAAGCAGGCCGAAGCUGCAGCUGCAGCUGCUAAAUGA